UUAUUUAUUAUUAACUGUACAAACCAGCCAAUUCAGAAUUAAGGUGUUUGUCUCAGAAAUACUUUCUAAAUUAAGUGAUAUUCAGAUGCUUUCUUAAUCUAUUCUGAAAAUAGGCAUUUUAAUAAAUGAAUUUCUUGUAAAAUUGCAUUGAUUAUUGGUGAAUAAGAAGUGUUUUAGGUAUCAUUUUUUUGGAUACUCACACGUUGUAUGGCUUGCUAACAGGUGUUUCCACACUUAAUCUAAGCAUUUAUUUUACAUUUAACUUUAAGAUCAUAUGAUGAAGACCAUAUUCUUAAAGAAUUGUAUAGGUAAAGCAAAGUAACUUUAAUGUUACCGUCAAUGCCAUCACGGUGCCAACUGGCUUCUGUUUAGUUUGGCAAAAGAGGAGUAUAGCAGAAAGUAUAAGAGACUGAUGUAUUUUGGAAUGAAAUGAAGGAAAAAGAACCCAAAUCUUAAAAACAUGAAGUGCUAAAGGAGACAGAAAUCCCCACCUUUUGUUCGAAAGUGGAGUAUAACUAAUGCUGUGUUAUAAUAGAAGACAGAAAUUAACACAAGUUCGUAAUAAACCAAAUAAAGUGGAAAUGAUAAAAUGGAAAGUUAGAUCUAAACUUGCCUCAGACAUUAAAGAAGAAAAAAAAAAUGUAAAAGUAAAUUUAAACCUGGCAGUAGUAGGUUCUUAUUCCUGCCCCCCUCCAGGAACACUGUUUAAAAACCCCAACGCCUCUUUGUUAGCUGGGUCCUGCAAACAGCGGAACGAAAGGCGGACGGUUUUCUGUUGCUGGGGCGGACGCGGGCCCGAUUUGUCCGUCCUUGCAACUUUCCCCCAAGGUUGGGACCUAGACGUGCGGCAAAUUCAUGUUCUCUGGCACCGUAGUGGUCGUCGCUGGCCCGAAUUAGAAACCAACUGCGAAUUCUUCGUGCCUCAGAUUUGUUGACCUACAGAAUGCUUCGGUACCCAUAUUUUUGUAGAAUCUAUAAAGAAUUUCUUUCAUGCUGGUUGGAAUCUGGCAUAUUUAAUUUAGGUGUCUGGCCAAAAAAAAUACAUGAUACAGCACAAAGAAAUAAUGAAUAUGAAGCCCAGGAACAAACAGAUCAAACUGGAACUCAGGAGAAACACAGAUCUCAAGAUAGAGAUUUCGAAGCUAUAGCUAAAUUACAUAUUCCAGUAAUGGUGGAUGAAGUUGUUCGUUGUUUGGCACCGCAAAAAGGCCAGAACCACUCUAUCCCUCUCUACCCUAUUUGUGUCCUGGGAGGCUUGACCUUUCCCAACUACAUCAUCUGGCUCCCCUGCCCUUUGGUUUUUGGUUGGAUUACACAAAUGGGAGAUACCAGCUGGAGAUCAGAGAUUUUUCUAGAUAUGACAUUUGGUUCAGGAGGACACACAAGAGCCAUUCUACAGAAGGAGUCAGACAUUACUCUGUAUGCCUUAGACAGAGACCCAGCAGCUUAUGCAAUAGCUGAACAGCUUUCAGAAUUGUAUCCUAAACAGAUCCGAGCUAUGCUAGGCCAGUUCAGCCAGGCAGAAGCCUUAUUAAUGAAAGCUGGAGUGCAGCCAGGAACUUUGGAUGGAGUUCUUUUGGAUCUUGGGUGUUCCUCCAUGCAACUUGAUGCUCCUGAGAGAGGUUUUUCCCUUCGGAAGGACGGGCCCUUGGACAUGAGAAUGGAUGGUGGCAGGUACCCUGACAUGCCCACCGCAGCUGAUGUUGUGAAUGCUUUAGAUCAACAGGCACUUGCAUCCAUCCUGAGAACAUACGGGGAGGAGAAGCAUGCCAAGAAAAUCGCUUCAGCAAUCGUUCAGGCACGCAGCCUCUACCCCAUCUCCAGAACCCAGCAGCUUGCCAGCAUCGUUGCAGGUGCAUUUCCUCCCUCUGCUGUUUUUGCACGGAAAGACUUGCUACAACGAUCUACCCAUAUUGCUACCAAGACUUUCCAAGCUUUUCGAAUAUUUGUGAACAAUGAGCUCAAUGAACUUUACAUAGGAUUGAAGACAGCUCAGAAGUUUCUGAGACCCGGUGGCCGCCUUGUUGCCCUCUCCUUCCAUUCAUUAGAGGAUCGAAUAGUCAAACGAUUUCUGCUUGGGAUAAGCAUGACAGAAAGGUUUAACUUAAGUGCUAGACAGAAGGUGAUACAAGCAUCACAGCUGGGGCCAGGUCAUGAAAACAAGGAAGGAGGCUUGAUAGGCAGGGCCCCUUUAAUGUGGGAAUUGAUACACAAGAAAGUACUUACUCCAGAAGAUCAGGAUGUACAGGAGAACCCCAGAGCACGCUCAGCCAAGCUUAGAGCAGCUAUCAAAUUAUGAGAAAGUUUUCAUCAUUUGAUCCUUCAAGUUUUUCCUUCACAGUUUCUCUCCCUCUUUUUAAUGUGGUAUUACUGAACAACUUCAUAUAAGAAAGUAUGAGAGAUAUAUAUAGAAAGAGUUGUACUACAUGUAUGUGGAAAUUAAGGGUAUUUACCAUUAUUUUCCUUGGAAAGAAAAUGUCAGAAAUGUUAGCAUGACACAGAAAGUUCAACUAAAGGAGCAUCAGCAUCUCAAAACUGUAAUUAUAUUUAACUUUCGAAAUGCAGUCCUUUCUCUAAUCAGGAAAUUUUUUUAAAAAGAGGAAGAGUAUUAUGUGUGUAUAUCUAAAUAUGUAAAUUCAAGCUGUCAAAAGAUUAUAAUUGUAUCUGCAUGCUUUAAAUUCUGAAUUUAGAUAUUCAGAUUUGCAACAGACUUUCUGUUGAUCAAAUAAUUAGUAAUGAUCAUGGAAGGAAUUUUAAUUUCUGUUUAAGAAUAAUUAUGUAGUACUAUAGUCCUCUUAAAUAUAGGAAUUAUGCAAAUUUUAAAUUUUCAAAUAUUUUUAAGAUGCAUCAUACUGUUAAAUGUCAAUUUUGAUUUUAUAGUAUUCAUUGUUUUAAAAGGAUUUUAUAAUAUGAUAUAUACCAUUUUUUUACAUUGCAAUGUAAAAAUGAAGAAUUGCUUUAAUAGCUCUCAUGGUGAAUAUUUCAUGAAACGUAUAUUUAAAGUCAAUUAUGUUUAUAUUAAUAAUAUCCCAGAAUGCCUUUGACACAUAAUAAAAUCUAUUAUCAUUUGAAUCCUGCAUUUUUAAUUGAGAUAUUCAAAAAUAAUUCAACCAAGUCUAUUUGAAAUAGAGAAGUAUAUGAUAUAUUAAAAAUAUUAAAAUGAAUGUGCCCCUAAUGUUAUUACUUACCCAGUAGUAACUGUAAUAGUAAAAUGUUUAUUUAGGAGAUAUUCACUUGGUAAGCGAUUCUUUAACAUAUUAAUGAGAUUGAUUCAUGAUUCAUAUAUCAACUUUUUAUAUGUAAAUAUGCAUUUCUAAUUUUUUAGUUAUUCAACAAGUACUAACUAGUCAGAGAAACAAAGGUCAAUAAAAUAUACAUACCUCACAGUACCAGUCCUAUGGAGUAUAUAAUCUAGUGGAGAAGAGUAAUGGUAGUUAAAUAAUCACAAAAAUCAAUAUAAAAUUAACAUCAUGGUAAAAGCUACAAAGAAGCAGUACGAGGUACUGCAAGAACAUCGAGUAGGAAUUUAACUUACUGAAGGAAACUGGGUCUGACCUGGAUUAUGCUUGAAUUAUGACUUGAAGAAUUAAUAAUAGAUUUAAUUAGUCAAAGGGUAUAUUGCCAUGUUGAUUAAAGGUUUGUUGAUAAAGGAUUGUUUUCUUAAGUGAUUAUCCCUAAAAUCAUACUAUACUAUUAAUAUGCUUAGUAAACUAUUCAAAUAUAGGAAAAAUUCAUCUCCUUAAUUAUGGUGACAGAUUAUGAAUUGGUGAGUACAAGUGAAUAAAAUAUCAACAUAAGUAUGGGCAAAGGAUAAGAAUUAAAUACUUGAAUUCACCUUAGAUUUACUUUAUCUCUGUAAUAUUUAAUUCAAGUUCUCAAGCUUGUUUGCAACUUUAUAGGCUUUAUUCAAAUCUGAGCAAUUCUGCAGUAGAAUUUCUAAUUGUGCAGAAUUAGAAAAUAUUCUAGGGAGCAGUAUCCUCAAAUUAGAAAAAAAAAAAAUGAACGUACCUAGGUUGCUUCACUGAAUCUUUCUGGAAAAAAAGUUUUUUUCUCUAGUAUAUGAGUUAUAUUUGUGAAUGAGAAAGAUUCCCAAAGGUACAUUCCCAUCCAAGUAUCUGUUUA